CUGCCGCUUGCUCGACCACCCGGAGAAAUUCGUCAAAGAAAGGCACAAUGGCGAGAGGGAGCCGGAGCCUGAGAAGAGUAGCUGAGUGCAUCAAACAGCUACCUUUAAAAGCCAGCCGAGAAAUACAGACCAAGAACAGCGUGAGAUACCUGUCAUCAUGUGGGAUCCUGAUGACUCGGGCGCCUCCACUGCUGGGCGCCGCCCCGCCGGGGAUCAGCACCACGUUGCCCGCUCGGAGCUUCUUCAACCUGACCGACUCCUUCUCCAAGAGGAAGGAGUACUCUGAGAGACGCAUCAUCGGGUAUUCCAUGCAGGAGAUUUAUGACGUGGUGGCCGGAGUGGAAGACUACCGCCACUUUGUCCCCUGGUGCAAGACGUCCGAGGUGGUGUUCAAGCGAGCAGGAUUCUGCAAGGCCAAACUGUCCGUGGGCUUCCCGCCGGUGAUGGAGAACUACACCUCUCUAAUCACUUUGAUAUGCCCCCACCUAGUCAAGGCUUCCUGUUCGGAGGGCAGACUGUUCAACCACUUGGAGACGGUUUGGCGUUUCAGCCCCGGCCUCCAGGGAUAUCCUCGUACCUCCACUGUGGAUUUCUCCAUAUCCUUUGAGUUUCGCUCCCUCCUGCAUUCCCACCUGGCUCACGUCUUCUUCGACGAGGUGGUGAAGCAGAUGGUCUCUGCGUUCAUGCGGCGCGCUGCGCUGGUUCACGGUGAAGAGACGGCCAUCCCCCAGGAGCUCAUGUUCCACAAGAUACACCAGACGUAGCGCGGAGAAGCCGGCGGGACGAGAGGGCGAGGAGUGCCUUUCCUACAGAAACGACCAAGUUUAUUCUCAACAGUCUCUACUUUAGUGUUGUUUUUUUUUAUUUUAUUAUAUAUUUACAUAAACGUGUAUAACUGAUCCAGCUUGUUCUCGCAAUGGUGCUAAAAACAAACCGAUGUUUGUACUUUACUUUCUUCCCGUGACCCGAGCUAUGGAGUCGCAGGUUCACAGGUUGAGAUCAGGCGUCACGGCCGCAAAGUGGCGUCAACCACGACGCCUCUUUCGUUUAAAAAGCUGCUUUGGGAAGACUCGUUACAAGCACAUCUUCCAAAGGCCGAUUUCAGGAUGUGUAGUCGAUGAAUGUUGUGCAUCACUUGGCUCGGGAUGCCGUUAGAAGUUGAUUGGAGCCUUUUUAGAAAGUUACUGAAGGCGGCAGUGUGGCGGUAAAAGACUAAAUCUGCAGUUUUACUGAGGUUAAAUGUUCCUCUUCUCUUUAUAAUAUUAUUAUUAUUUUUUUAGCUUCCACACUAGAUUCUCUAAAGGUCUAACUACUGAGAAAGUAAUCAACAAAAAAAGAAGACAUGUCUGCAGAGGAGUUUAGAGUUUGGAACUAAUAAUAAUUUUCAUCAGUGUGAAAUUGGCAAUUAGUAAUUGUUUAGUGUGUUAAAUGUUUAAAAGUUUUUAAAAAGUGGGAAAAAUGUUUAUAAUGUCUCAAAAGGAUCGAUACGCUCACAACAGUCUAGAACCUGAAGAUGUGUGAUAGAGCGUCACAAAGGGGAAACGUCACAUUGUAAUAUUUGGUGCAAAGCGACUGAAGGGAGGAAUCGAUGACGUAACGUAGUUGUGUUGUGUUAUCUGUCGAUGGAUCAAUGGUCCACAGGUCAGAGUGAGGGCAGCAGUUCGUUUGUGGGGAAAGCCAACUUUGGGACGAGUUGAAUGCAAGAAACUGAAGAAAUCAAUGUUUAACUCUUUCUAUAAAACUGGUUAAUAGAGCAACAAGUCAGCACGUCAUUAUUUUUCUACGAGUAAAUGGAGCGUUAGUGUACAAAUCACUACGCUGCAAGUAUUAAACGAGCUGUCAACUAACCGGUGUUUUAUUUUGCUUUAUUAGGGAGAAGCUACUCUGUUCUUUUACUCCUUCCUGUUACACAUGCGGCGCUCUCGUCAUUGUUAUGGGAACAAUCCUGGACUUUAAGAGUUAAAGCUAAACUACAUGGCAAAGUGUGCAAUAUCUUUAGUCUAUAUGGUGUUCUUUUUUAAAAUGCGAAGCCAACAUGUAUAUUCACUGUUUGUACAAAAAGGGCCCGAACGGGCUGGCAGCACCUUCACCUGUCAGUCAGGACAUAAGCUCCGCCCUGAAGCCUUCGGGACGCACCUGUGACAGAUCAGAGCAUAUCGAUCUAUUUUAUGAAACAAUAAUUUUAUCAUGUUUGUGUAAAUACUGGUUUGAGCUAGAGAAAGUGUUUUUCAUGUGAAGGGGAAAGGACUGGUUUGAAUAUUUGUGUUGAAUCACUUCACAACCAACUGCAUGAUUUAUAAACUAUUUUUUUCUACAAACAAAA